AUGAGGUACUCUUCUUUCCUCCACUUAACAACCGCUCUCCUCUCUUUCUCCUUCCCAACUACUUUUGCAGCAGACUCUCGCUACUGCAUGAACAAAAACGUCAUCAACGCUAAAGACUUUACCCUCCAAGAAUCUGCCGACAGCUCUCACCUCGCAGCACUAGCGAAGCACUUUGAAAGCACCGGAAAGAAUGUCAGUGUCACCGCCGUGCUAAACUCCGGCAAUCGCGACCUAAACAAAGGCCACCCAUCGGUCGGCACGGGAUCUCCCUCUGAAGCGUGGGCAUGGAACUCUGGCGACUACAAGACUACCAAGUGGACGCCACAGGGUAUCACUAGCUCGGCUGAUGCCCUAGGCACUGGAAAAUGGAAUGACCACGAAGCGUGGAUUGUCAGUUGGUAUCAGAAGGGUGACAGUGUACGUGUGAGUUUCGUCGAUCGCAAGACGCACAAGUAUCGCCAUGUUCUUCUCGUGUAUCCUUCUGCCGAUGAUGAUUUCAAGUCUAUCGCUAUCCAUGCUGGCGGUAUAAUGUGGUACGGCAACCUGCUGUAUGUUGUCGAUACGAACAAUGGCAUUCGUGCCUUUGACUUGGACAAUAUUUGGGAAGUUGAGAUUGCCGAUGGCGUUGGCAAGAUGAAGGAUGGAAAGGGAUACUCUGCGGAUGGAUACCAAUAUGUUCUGCCACAAGUUCGGUGGUACAAAUGGACCCCCGGAUCCAAAUCCCCCUUCCGUUUCUCCUGGAUCUCCCUCGACCGCAGCGACAAGCCCGACACCCUCCUCGUCGGCGAAUUCGUGCGCGACGGCGAAGUCGACACGAACAAGGAUCCCGUACCCAUCCGCUUGGUCAAGUACCAGCUAGACUCGACGACUCGCCGACUUCGCACGAAUAGCGAUGGCCUGGCCACAGCAAGCUGGGCUCAUUGCGUAGACAUCCUGAAGAUGCAAGGUGGUGUUUCUUAUGAUGGGAAAUUCUAUCUCUCACGGAGCAACGGUCGUGAUCCUCAUGCUGGUGAUUUGUUCACUUGGGAACAGGGGAAGACUGCCAAGGAGUUCCCUGGAUGGUUUAUGGCUGGGAAUGAAGAUAUGAGUUAUAAUCCCGUGCGCAAGGAGUAUUAUACUGUGACAGAGUAUGACAAUGGGCGGUUCAUUCUGUCUUAUAAGGUCUGA